AUGAGUUCCAUCGAGGCGACCAUCAUCUGCAUUGACAACAGUGACUACAACAGGAAUGAGGACAUCGUGCCGAAUAGGUUUCUCUCGCAGAUCGACUGCGUGAACGUGCUCUGUUGUAACAAGACGAGCAUGCACUACAAAAACAACAUCGGAAUAAUAAUGAUGGCAGGAGACAAGACAAAAGUGAAGGUGUCCCUGACAAAUGACAUAGGGCAACUACUCUCCUGUAUCCACGACAUUAAGUUGGACGGCACAUGUGACAUCGUGAGAAGUCUACUGAUCGCCCAGCUUGCCCUGAAGCAUCGCGUGGACAAAAAUCUGGCGCAAAAAAUUAUGCUCUUUGUAGGGAGCCCCUUCAAAGUUAAUGAAAAACAACUAAUCAGUACAGGUAAACAGUUAAAGAAAAACAACAUCUGUCUAGAUAUAAUUAGUUAUGGAGACAUACACACAAAUAGAGAUAUCCUGAUGAUGUUAUACAACAGCGUAAAUAGCAAUGACAACUGUAAAUUCAUUGAGUGUCCUGAAACGGAGAACAACCUUAGCAGAUUUGUUCUGAAUUCUUUACUUAACAAUAACGAUUAUAAUAUUGAAAAUAUCCAGGAGGAUGAUCAAUUAAUGAGUGCUAUGCAAAUGUCUCUGGGGGAAAAUCAACAAUUAAAUGAUCAGAAAAAUGUUUCUACCUCCGGUGGUAUUAUCUACACUUCUAAUAACAGUGACUUACCCACUAUUGAAGAAAUUGAAAAUAUGAAAGACAUUGAUAAUGAGUUGAAGGAGGCCUUAAUUUUAUCGCUCAAGGAAUAUUAUGAGAAGAACAAGACGGAAAAUGCCAAUCAGGAGGAUGGUGAAGGGGAUGGCAAAAAGGAAGUCAAAGAGGGAGAUGAUGUAUCAGACCAUGUAUCAGACGAUGUGUUAGACGAAGCGGCAGACGAAGCGAAUAAUCAGGCUGUUCCAUCAAAUGAAGACAACCCCAUCGGAACAGACAAACCAAGUGAUGACACCCCCUUUGAUGAAAAAGAAGAAGAAAAUUUUUCCCUCGUAAAUGAGAGCUAUAAAAACAACUUUGACAGUGGAGACCAUCAGACACAGGUCGAAGAUGCCAAGGAGAAAAAAGAAAACGAGAGCUACGAGAAGGUGUUCAAAAUAGAUAAAGAGGAAGGUAACUUGCAGGAUAACACUCAAGGGGGUGGCAUAAAUGAAAAGUUGUAUAAUUCGGAGAAGAGCGUUUCAAAAGAGAAUGAUGGGGUGGGUGUGUCCAGUGAGAAUCAGGAUGGUGGUGAUGCUCCUUCGACCACGCAUAUUCAGGACACCAGCUAUAUUUCCAGCAUCCUCGGGAAGAUUAACGCAACUGUGAAUGUGUUCAGCGGUGAAAAAUCGGACGAAAAGGAGAAGGAGUCGGCGGACAAGGGGGACGCCUCCUCCGGGGAGGAUCAGUAG